AUGGACUUGCUGUUGCACUUCUCCAUGUACAAAGGGAACGCAGGCAUGAUGAUGGAGAAGGAGGUGUCACAGGUCAUUGAGCUGGCAGGCCGCGGCUCCGGUCAUGUGGAGUAUGUUCCCAUCGGCGUGGCUAUCAUCGCCAACAUCUGCGAAAGCGUGGAUCUUCAUGACCGCAUUGUUGAAUCACCCCUUUUCGAAGUCCUCACGGAGCAUAUCCACAACGACAACACGAAUGUUCAGAUGCAUGUUAUCCGGGCCCUGAUGCUUCUCAGCCUGUCGCCGAAAUAUCACCACGUCAUUCUGACCACCGGAGCCAUGGCGAACGUUUGUCCGAUUGCCAUGACGGAGCGUCUGAGCAUCGCCAUGCGAGCAAAUGCGCUUCAGAUGAUGGCUGCGGUCUGCGCAACGCAUCCGACCACUCCGACAGCGACUGACGUGAUUGACCUCAUGUUUCUGAUCUGCAACUCCAUGGAGAACGUGGACAUCCGGAGGGCGGCGGCGCUGGUCAUUGCGAACGCCUCCUCGGAUGCGACGAACCUGGUCAAGGCAAACCUGGCCCACAAGCCCUACCUGGAAGCUCUGAGCAUUGCCAUCUCGAAGUCGCAGGACUCGGUCCUGGUAGACUACCUCAUGCAGUUUUUCCACAACAUCGUGGCCAACACCGACGCUGUGGUUCGAGCAACGCUGCUGGAGGAGAUGAUCUUCUCGGUGCUCACGGAUGCCUGGGUGGUGUACUUGGAAGCUGGGUUCUGCUACCAUGCCGACUCCCACCAGGAGUUCGUGCUACAGGGAGGUGUGAGGCUGGUGAUCCAGAUGUACACCAAGUCCAAGGUUGAGCACGUCCGGCUCUGUUGCCUGCUCUGCCUGCUGUACCUGGCAGAGACUGGGCACUCCCAACGCAGCAUCGCUCAGGAGAAGGCCGUACGGCAUGGAAGUGGCUUGGACACCUUCUCCGCCUUCAUGUUUUCUGACCAGUUGCAGCUACAGCAGCUGGGGGUCUACUUGCUGCAGAACCUCCUUGAGUUUCGAGAGAAUCGUCGGAUCUUCCUCGCCUUGUCUGAGGAGAAGAAGUGUGAGGAAGACUACCUGGAGAGCCUUUUGCGGCUGCUGCCCAGAGUUAGCACCGGGCAGCCCAACCGCAUCAAGGCGAUGAAGAAGGAUGGCAAGGACAAGGGGGAAGCCGAACCGAUCCUCACCAAGCACGACCCCUUCGUUCUCCGGUGCUGCAUCCACUGCAUCGCACUUUUGAGCCUGGAGCACCACUUGGGCAGCUUCCAGCGUUUCGUGGAUCUGGGGCUCAACAAACUGCUCUUCGACCUCUUCUACUCUGAGCAGAUCGACAAGUCCUCGGGAGAGGCAGUGGUCCUGUUCUUCGCCAACAUCCUGCACAGUUCGAAGCAGAUCCAAGCUCAGAUCAUGAAAGGGGCGGAUGUGGUGCAGCUUCUUCUGUCAUCGCGGGAUAUGCUCUUCUCUCCUCACACGGUCUCGCGCUGCCUGUCUGCGUUGCUGUGCAUCUCGCGUGUGCCCGACUUCAAGAGGGUUGUCCUCAGCCACCUGGAUCUUCUCAUGGCAGACAUCAACGCGAACCUGAAUGCCGAGGUACGGGACGAGCACUUCUACCAGAUCGCCGCGCUGCAGUGCGCGUUGCUGUCGGAGCUCGCCAGGGCCUCCUACGAGUACCACGAGCGCAUGGCGCGAGCUGGCAUGGUAGAGGCCCUCUUGGUCUUCAUCACCAUUGCUGGCAAAGGGCUCCAUGGUGAGGUUUGCAUCGAGCUGCUGAUGGGCUCUGUGUUCGGCAUCGCAGCUCUCGUUGGCUCGCCCACGAGUGGCGAGCAUUCCAUGGCGAGUCUGAUCUUCCCGGCGACGCGGAUGCAGCUCCUCCUGUCCUUGCUACGGCUUCCGCAGGAGGACAUCAACGAGGCCUUCCACGCGGGGACGGUUGGGCUGCGGACGCUGCAGCGGGUCGUCUAUCCGAACAUCACUCCUGAGGAGCUGCAUGUGGAUCAGAUGGACCUCCUCGGCUUCAUCGGGAACUGCCCGAUCAAGCCCGCGAACUUCAUCUAUCGGAAUGUCAUCCGGACCAUGUGCCUGCUUCUUGCCCACCACGAGAUGGGCCCGAGGGUACAGCAGGCCAUUACCCCGAGCAACGUGGUUCCCACGUGCCUGUUCGCGAUGUCGGGAUGUGAGGACACCUACGUGCAGGUAUACGGCUUUCUCCUGGUCGCGAACUUCUCCCGCGACAGGAGCCUUCUCUACAACUUUCUCAACGAGUCCGGUGUCAUCAACGAGCUGCUGACAACGAUCCGACGAUCUGGGCCCAAUGCCAGCCAACCGGAGGAUCCAGUCCCGGUCAAGGACAAGCUUGCCACAGUGACGGGGCCCUGGAGCAGCGUGGCCGUCUCGCGGAAUCGCUUCAUGCUGGCCAUGUCGGCGCUGACCAACUUCGCUGAGCCUCUUGCCUUCGAUUGA